GAUAUGCAAGCCGUAGCAUAAUCGUAUUUCUAAUUAAAACAGUUUAAUAUAAUAAAAUCGUGGAAUACAGUCUGUAAGAUAACCUAUGAAUACACGCAGUUAAUUUUAUUUUUAGAUUUCUUAGUACAUUGGCUUGUAACAUACUGUAAAAUCACGCCUGGCGCAGGACACGUGUCCGGAAAAGUCAAUAGAACAAUCAAAAUAUUCUCAACAUCACAUGAAAAGUUCUACAGAAGAGAUGGAUCAAAGUUGUGUGCUUUACAAGAAUGUUGACUCAGAGUUGGCGCUGGAGAUAAGUGAGCAGGUAUUCCUGGAUGACGAAGACUACUCCAGGGCGCCGGCCUCGCCCACCACCGUGCCCAAUGUCAGACCUUACAGGCCACCCUCCACAGGAUCCAACAUCCUCAAGUCUCCUCGCGCGCGGCGCGUGCGCACCACGUCCAUGUCGCGGCCCAACAAGAAGACCACGGCGGAGAGCAUCCUACACGCUGACCGGCGCACCAUCUACACGGCUGGCCGCCCGCCCUGGUACAACUGCACGGGCGGCCAGGAGGUGGAGCCCUUCCUCAUAGGUAUUUGCGGCGCCAGCGCUUCCGGCAAAACCACAGUCGCUGCAAAAAUAAUUGAAUCUCUCAACAUACCCUGGGUCACUAUUGUCAGCAUGGACUCUUUCUAUAAGGUUCUCAAUGAGAAACAACACCAAGCGGCUGCCCGCAAUGAAUACAACUUCGACCACCCCGACGCGUUCGACAUGGAGCUGCUGGUCAGCGUCCUGCAGAGGCUGCGGGAGGGCAAGAAGGUGGAGGUGCCCAUUUACAACUACGUCACGCACUCCAGGGAGAAUCGAACGAAGACGAUGUACGGCGCUAACGUUAUUAUAUUCGAGGGGAUCCUGGCGUUCUACAACGCACAGGUGCUGCAACUCCUGGACAUGAAGGUGUUCGUGGACACCGAUGCGGAUGUCAGGCUAGCGCGAAGGCUGCGGAGGGACAUUGUGCAGCGCGGGCGAGAGCUGGAGGGAGUACUUCACCAGUACAUGCGGCACGUGAAGCCAGCCUACCAGAGUUACAUCGCGCCGAGCAUGGCACAUGCUGACAUCAUCGUGCCACGCGGCGGAGAGAAUAAGGUGGCCAUCUCGCUCAUCGUGCACCACGUGCACAAACAGUUGCAGCUGCGUGGCUUCAAAGUUCGUGAGAAGUUGGCCAUCGCUCACGUGGGUCAACCCGUGCCCGACUCUCUCUACGUACUGAAGGACACACCACAGGUCCAAGGUUUGCACACGUUCAUCAGGAACAAGGACACGCCCCGCGACGAGUUCAUUUUCUACUCCAAGCGGCUCAUGCGGCUGGUGAUAGAGUUCGCUCUAUCGCUGCUGCCCUACUCCGAGUACAAGGUGGACACGCCGCAGGGGUUCACCUACACAGGUCGGAAGUGCAAUGUGGAAAAAAUUUGUGGCGUGUCCAUACUGCGGGCGGGUGAGACUAUGGAGCAAGCCGUGUGUGACGUGUGCAAGGACAUCCGCAUCGGGAAAAUACUGAUACAGACCAACCAGCAGACAGACGAGCCCGAGCUGUACUACUUGCGCCUGCCCAAGGACAUCAAGGACUACCGCGUGAUCCUGAUGGACGCCACGGUGGCGACGGGCGCUGCCGCCAUGAUGGCCAUUCGGGUACUUCUGGACCACGACGUCCCCGAACACAACAUCAGCCUCGUCAGCCUGCUGAUGGCUGAGAUCGGCGUGCACUCUAUCGCUUACGCCUUCCCCGAGGUGAAAAUUGUCACUUCCGCCUUGGACCCGGAAAUAAACGAGAAAUUCUACGUGUUACCCGGGAUCGGUAACUUCGGUGACCGCUACUUCGGAACAGAGCCGACUGAUGAAGAGUGACUGCUGGGAGCCAGAACGAGACAGCAGCAUGGUCGCGCCGGGCGAGUGAGCGGGACGGCUGCAAUGAUGCCGUGACGUCACAAGAUGGCGGCCAAUGUAACUUAUUACAACUAAAACUACUUAUUUAGAUGUUGUGUUACACAUUUCUAUGUAAAUUACCGUACGGUAUUCUGUGUGAAUCUUCACUGAUUUUACAUCUGAUAUUAUAAUAAUAUUUAUUGAAUGUGUAAUUUGGUUUUAUGUAAAACCAAAUUCUUUAAUGUAGAGAACUAGUCAAAACCGCAAUUGGAAUUACGUAAUAUGUAAUUAUUGUGUAUCAUUCAGACGGUUUAUGCCGGAAUUGAACCAAACCACGUACAAUAGCUAGUACAACAAACAUAUAGGUCUGAUGUAAGGAAUGUAAAAGUGAUGUAAGUACUGAGCAUUCAUUGACGUCACAUUGUCUUCGGUUCAGUGGGCCUGGUAAUCAUGACGUCAUGUAUUUAUUGCUUUAUUUGGUGCAUUUAAGUAUUAAUUAAUUAUACGUAAAUGUUCUUCAAAUGAGCCCAGUUAGGACAUGGUUUUUAACAGAAUUUCUAUGUAGGAAGAAAGUUACAAAAAAAAUUUUAACAUUUCAUAAACAUUUUAACCAAAUGUUUUGAAUUUUCCUAAGUGUUAAUUCCGUGUUUCGCCUCUACACGAGGCAUCCUCAGGACAUGUUGACUCGCCAAACUAGAGACAAAUAUUGGCGGAAUUAACACUAAGGAAAACUCAAAACAUUUGGAUAAUUAUGGACCGCAAAGUAACUUCAUUCAAUUUUCUAAACAUUUGAAAUCUAUGAAAACUUAUAAUACUUACGUAUAUCAAAGUAUUUGAAAAAUGAAUAAACUUUAACUUUCGCUUGUUAUCGCGUGUCAGUGAUACCUUGAGCAGUACUUUUGUAUGGUUGCAAGCUCAUCCAAUGAGAACAUAUGCUUCUUCAUACCUCUAUGUAUUACUGCAUUGGUCAGCAAUAUAUAGGACUGCAGCUCAUACUGUUAAACUCGCUUUUUGACUGAUAAGACACUAAGAUACUCGAGGAUGUAAUAGGUGAAGAAAAAAUUAAAAUAAACUCAACCAAAACUUAGGUAAUUAAUAACACCCGCGACGCACAUAUUACAUGCAAAUCGCGGGGCGCGGAACCUGUUGACGUUCAUGCGUACCUGUUGACGCUUGCGCUAAGGGUCGGUGAUGUAUCCACAUUUCAUUCAUUUAUAUUUGAAAUUUAUUAAAAAAUUAUGUACUUACCUAAUUUUAUUACAUAUUUUUAAAAUGAGAAUCGAGUACCGAGUAUUCUCCGCAAAUAUUGUUACCAGUCAUACUGUGACUGGUGAGACAUAUUCACGAGGAAUGUGCGUUGUUCAUUUGUUUUUUGUUAGGUUAUUGUUUGCUUUUCGGCAAACGAUACGGGCUAGUUACAUAGCCAACAGUAAAAAGUGGACUCCUCAAGAUGUUAACAUAAUAAAAAUCUAGCUUUAUUUGAUGAUUAAUAUAAUUUUAAACACAUGCGUUUUCACUAUAAUAAUAUUGAAAAACACUAUCACGAAAAUCUAAAACUCUUAUUUUUAUGAUUAUUGUUGUAUGGAUUCGAUGAAUUUAUUGUUUUAAUGUAAAAAUUACAUUCACUGGUAUAUUUUAUCAUUUAUAUUAAUGUUUUUUUUCAUCACUUUAAAUUAUUGGGCAAAUGAGACUUAACAUCUUAAUGUUUCAAGGUGACGAGCGCACUUGUAGUGCCGCUCAGAAUUUUUGGGGUUUUUCAAGAAUCCUGAGCGGCACUGCAUUGUUAUGGGCAGGGCGUAUCAAUUACUAUCAGCUGAACGUCAUGCUCGACUCGUCCCUUAUUUUCAUAUAAAAAAACAUCCUUUUUGUAAGUAUCGCAUUUGUACAUGCAGUUUAACUAAAAGUACUCUGUAGUACAUGCGAUAAAUACAGUCACAGAUUUUUAUUUUUUACUAGCUGACCCGGCAGACCUCGUACUGCCUCAAUCGAUAAAUAAAAGACCAAAACUUUUGUAUAAAAUAAAUUUAAAAACAAACAAAAGGAAUCCUUUUUUAUGUGUUUAUUACCCGUGUUUUAAGGAAGUUUAUUUUUUACCUCCCGAGAAAGUUAGAAUUCUAAUUAGUUAUUUAUUUUAAACUAUUAUUUUAUGUGAUUUCUGAACGAUGGCGGACACAUCAAAGGAAAAUCAAUGUUGUUGAUUUUAUUUAAUUCCGAGUAUUUUCAUAUUUAUGCAACAUUUUAAACCUUCUCUGGACUUCCACAAAUAAUUCAAGACCAAAAUUAACCAAAUCGGUUCUCGAGUUUUAGUGAGAAUAACGAACAGCAAUUCAUUUCUAUAUAUGUAGAUUUCCAAAGCUUUUUCUUUCAAGUGUCAGUCGGAAGUCAAAUUGAAAGUACAUAGGACUCUCUCACAACCUCAGAAUAUUAAAGCUUACAGUUGUAGACAGAAGAUGAACACUCUUCUGUCUACGGCUUUUGCUAUCCUACAUACAUUUUGGCGUUGACAUUUGAAGGCAGAUAACAUAAAUACCAGCCUAGCGAAACUCUUUAAGAAAUAAGACAUUCACUCGAUUGUAUGAAACGUGCAGUCAUUAUUGAUAGAUUGACAGAUGACGGCUAUAAUUUUGUACAAAACGUAGAUAGCCGAAAUCCACUACGUUUUACGGCCGUUUUCAAUUACGUAUCUCUAGGUACGGAUACAUUGCUGUCACCGUUAAAUGACAAGAUCUUAUCUAUCCAUAGUUAUGUCCAAUAUAGUUAUAGACCAAUGCUUUAUGUCGAUAGGUUCUUCAAAAUGUAAGUAAGCGUAAAAGGAUAGAUUUGUCUACCUGUAGUAAAUUAAACUAAGGAUAGAUAGGUUAUUGAAAACGGCCGUUAUGCAACUGUUCGCUUUCGAACUCAGCCGGAUAUAUACUUCGUGGCCCAUCGCCAUCUGGUGAUUACUACUUCAAACUUAUGUCGAAUGACUGCACGUUCCAUACUAAACUAAAUUUCAAUUUUUACUAAGAAAGUCCCGCCUCUCAUUACGUAGUAUUUACAUCCUCUUUGAUAAAUACAAUUGUUGAGGCUAGUAUUAAGACUAUACAGGGUGUCCCAAAGUUAUGGGACAUGAAGGGAACGUACCCUAAAUAUCGAAGAUAGGCUAUUUUACUGAAUGAAGACUUUAUGUUAUUUUUAAAAGUUAGUAAUUCUGCAUUCAAAGAUUUUCUAAAAAUUACUUGCCUCGUCUGGGAAUCGAACCGACUGAAAUGUAAAAAAAAACACCCCUACUUUUAUAAUGCCAACCGAAAGAAUGGCCAAAAACUAAUAACUUUUCUUAAGUAACAUAGUAUUUUAAAAGAAAGGAACAACAUAAAAUGAAUGUUUUCCUACUUGGAUUGGUACGAAUGGACCGAUUAGAUGGCCGGCCAGAUCCCCGGACCUUACACCAUUAGAUUUCUUCUUUUGGGGAUACGUGAAAGAUAUAGUAUUCAAAAACGAUACGAGAACGUGGGCGAGUUAAACAGAAUUGUGCCAUAUCAUAUCGAGUAUUCACCAUAAAAUGAUAAGAAAAUCAACAAGCAGCGGACUCAUUAAAAGAUUGGCGAUUUGCGUAAGACAAGAGGGAUCACAUUUUGAGCAUUUAAUUAAUUAAUUUACAAAAUAAAAACCCACUUAAUUGACUACUUUCUUGAAUUACUAACUUUUAAAAAUAACAUAAAGUCUUCUUUCAGUAAAAUACCCUAUCUACGAUAUUUAAGGUACUUUCUCUUCAUGUCCCAUAACUUUGGGACACCUGUAUAUUUUUGCUUUGUAAUGUUGCUGUUAUAAAAAAAACUUUUAUGUUUAUGAUAACAAAUACGCAUGUGUUUAAAAUUAUUCUUAGACUACGUAAUUUAAUGUUUCAUAGGGCAUCGCAGUUUGGUUUUGUUUCGUCAUUGCAAAAAGAAAACCACACUCCAUACAAAAAUCGGUUCAGACUAUUAUGAUGGCGAUGUUUCAGAACGAAAUUAAACUGCUUGAAUUAGGACGGCUAUAUGUCAUUCGAAACUUUGCAAAUCUAUACUAAUUUUAUUCUCCAACUAGCUGACCCGACCGACGUUGUUCUGUACAUAAUAAAUAAAAAACUGUUUUUUACGAAACGAUAUGUAUCGCUUUCCAUACAUUUAUUUAUCGUUCACGUUUAGCAAGACGCUUGUAGUACGGGAUUGUUCCUGUAUAUCUUAAUAUAUUUAAAUUACGUGACACGUUGUUGUUGUUGUCCGCGAUGAACUCCUAAACUAAUGAACGGAUUUAAAUGGAGAUUACUUCAUGGAGUGCAGUUUAGUCCAACUUGAGAGAUAGGGUACUUUUUAUAUCGAUUUGAGACCCAUAAUUAUUUUUAAUUCCAUUAUUUGUUUUCUAUGGACAUAUUUUCUAUGAGAGAAUUUAUUGACGCACGGUUUGACAGUUCUGCUGUGAAACAAUUUAUAUUAUUGACAAAUUCAUAAAAAAAAACAGUAUUUUAUUUAUUAUGUACAGAACAACGUCUGUCGGGUCGGCUAGUAUGAUAUGUAUUUCACACUGAAGGUGCCAACGUGUUUUUAUAAAGUUUUUUUACUAAAUGCAAUUUAUUCUGUGAAGAUGUUCGAUACGUACCUAUCGUUAGCGUAUUAUUAUUUCGACUUAGUCAUCAGUACAUGUAACAGUGCAUAUUGUGUUUGUCCUUUAAUUUAACGAAAUAUAAAUGUUCUGUUUAGAGCUUAGUACUUGGUUGACCGAGCUCUUCUCGGUGUCAAACUUCAGAAAAAAGCGUUAUCUCAGACAUGAGAUUCGGUAGAUUGGUUCUUCGCUCCCGAAACUCCUUGUUAUUAAAUUUCACCCAAAUCUAUUUUGAGAUAUGCUAAAAAAGUACUUAGACACAAUGACGUUCUAUACAUACAAAGUCGAAAUAUGGAACAUGCCACAAAUUUCACCAUUAAAGCUUCGAUCACUAUAUCUAUACAUUGCCGCAUUUUCCAGUUGUUUAAAUUAUUCUUGGUCAAUAAGCAGCAAUGAAAAAUGUUUAUUGAGUUCAGGUUUCGAUCGGAUAGUGACAGAUGACACACAACUAAGGAGAAUAGUGUGCUUACAUUGUCUUAUAUAAGUAUGUCCGGAAAUGUGCAUAGAAAGUCAUUUCAUAUACAAGUACUUGUACCAGAACUGUUCCAUUAAGUAUAUGUAUAAGAUACUAGCUGACCCAGCAAACGUUGUAUUGCCGAUAUUAAAAUCGCGAUACAAAAUGAACUGUUGAUCGUAGAUAGGUGAAAAUUUAAAGCUGACUCAUAAUCAAACAAAUUAAAAAAAAAUGUCAAAAAUUAUAAAAAAAAAUUGGUGUAACCCUUAACAUUUAGGGGGAUGAAAGUAGAUGUCCGAUUCUCAGACCUACCCAAUAUGCACUCAAAAUUUCAUGAGAAUCGGUUAAGCCGUAUCGAAGGAGUUUAACUACAAACACCGCGAUAUGAGAAUUUUAUAUAUUAGAUUGAUAUGUUACCUAAUAUAUCACCUUUUUAUUCGGAAAAUGAUAAUUUAAGAAUUUAGACAGACGAAAUGUCACAAACAGCUGUCAUGUCAGCAAAUGUCACCGGGUGAAUAAACAAUAUUUAUCAUGUGUAUACAAUGAUUUAUUCAAAGAUUAAAAAGAAAACAUUGUUCAAACUAUUUAAUUUGCCAAAGAUCGUAAACUAAAUCUAAAGUAACAUAGUGUAAUAAUCAUAUUUUGACUAAAGCUAACCUUAAACAUGAUAAUAAUAAAGUACAUAAUUGCUUUAUUUUCGACCUAAUACUGUGGCGGUAAAACAUUAAUAGGUUCCACAAACUUUAAUGUGAUUGUUGAAUCACAAUUUAGGGGGCGUCCAUAAAUUACGUGAGGUGUUUUUUUCAAUUUUCUGUCCCUCCUGGUGAGAUGCCGUGAGAUUUUAUUCAACCCCCCCCCCCCCAUCCCCCAAUCUCACGUGAGUUUUUCAAAAUGUGGGUUUUUUACGUAAACGUGUUGGAUUGUUAUUGUAAAAAAAAUGCUUCGUGCUUUUAUUUACGAUUAUGUUUAGAACGUCAUGGCUAGUAACCAAUAUUGCUGAGAGUUAUAAGUGUAAUAAAAAUUUAACAAUAGAAUACUUAAAUCGUAACUAUUGUGAUUAAAAAAAGAAUAUCUACUCUAAUUCAGUCCAUGGAGAAUAAUGCGCGGUCUCAAGAGAGACUAUUGGAACCAACAUGUCCAAACCAAAUUUGCGUGAUAUUUGCCGAAACCCUCCCUCUCUCCAACAUAAGAUUAGAUGAGAUUUGACUCGACACCCCCCCCCCCCCCCCCCCCUUUAAAUAUCUCACGUAACUUAUGGACGCCCACUUAGCCGUGACAUAUGAGAAUAGUAACAUUUUUAAUUUUUAGAAUCAACAAAGAAAAUGACUUUUACCUAUGAAGGAUAGAUGUAAGUAGAAUCAUCUCAUAUGGGAGAAAAGUUCGAAAAUAGUCCAGCUGUACGUUGAAUAACAGUUCAAAAAGCUUCCACAAUGGCGCUGGCGUAGGCACAGGGUAUGGUAUGAAGUAUGGUGAAUGUAGCAAUUGUAACCGAAUUGAAGUAUGCCGAGGUAGAAUUUUAAUAUUAUUGUCGAAAGUAGUUAAUUAUUGAAUAUUUCAACUUACGUUGUACAAAGUACUGUAGUAAAGAUUUAUAGGGAAACGUGCACUCAGAGUAAUUAUAUAUUUGGGGCUUCUUUUAAGAUUUACCCUGAUGUUACUGUGGCGCCACUCUAAUUUAAUGCAUUUUGACGGACACUUUCUCAUAUACACAGAUGAUUCUUCUUGCUUCUACCCUCACUACUUUUACCUACUAUCACUUUGUGACUUACGGUGCUUCCACUGUUACGUAACAUGUAUAACACGAAAACUUUUGUAACAUUUACUAACAUGUUACAAACAUCAUUAGAUGUUUUCAAAGUUUCCACACUCAUAAAAUAUAUAGUGGUACAAUAUUUCCUAAAAUAAUAUAUGUAACCACAACUUCAAUUUAGUUCGGUUAGCUUUUAAUGUUUUGUAACAAACGUCACAUCUUGUUUUAUUAGCAAAUGUUACAAAACUUUUAAUAACAAAAAAGGUAUAUUUAAAACCUGUAAUAGAAUAAUAUAUUUUGUUUGAGAUUAAUAUUGCGUUCAAUAACAAAUGUUUACUAAUAUGUUUGAUAAUGUGGAAACACCGUUACAAACUACAUUAUAAUCAAUAAAAUGUAAUUCCUUAAUUUAAAAUAUACUACUUCAACAUUUAUAAUUCCAUUUUGUACCCUUAAAUGCAUAUAUGGCGCCCUGGCAUCUACAUAACCUUAGUAAUAAUGCUAGAGAAAUCAUAAACUAUUCAUGUGCAUUUGUCAAAUACGGAAUUAAGUUUACUGUCGAAUUAUUGUUAUUAUUUUCUUGCGAUAUCCGUUUUAAUUUUUUAAUGAUAUAUUUUGUAUAUAUCUCCAAAGAUGACAUAUUUUCAUAAAAUAUCCAUAAAUUAACAUAUAAGGACUCAGAUCGUCAAUACUUUUAUAAUUGACGUUAUGUAUUUAUUAAAAUUGAUUUAUUUAAUAGUAAUGUUGAUAAAUAACCACAAUGCUAUAAGAGAAAACUAAACAUUAAGACGACGAAACUAAUUAUAAUUUAAAUCCAAUUCCAGUAUAAAUCAAAUCAUAAAUAGACUAAAAUACAAUCAAUGGUGCUUUUAUUGAGACAAUGUUCCCAGUUUUCAGACAAUUUAGGAUAAAAAUAUUCAUUCCGACGCGACGCUGCCAUUUUGUUUUUUACUUUCGCGCGCUUUGUUCCACAGUAUUAUAAGAUGGCCGCGGUAUUGCCAGAGUGGUAAACUCUUAAAACUAUUAACCUGCUAACUUAAUUUAGGCGAUAAUUUGACUUAAAGGAUUUUCAGCACAAUACGUGCAGUACUGUUAUACAUCGUAGAAGAAAUCUAGUACUUACUCUUUUAAGUGUGUAAAUUAAAUUAUUUUUAGUUUAUUUUUUAGCAAAUUGAGUAUCCAACUACUUUCUAAUGCGUAAGUGUAUAUUGUAAUUUUAUGUAAAGCGUACUACAGAAUUAUAUUGAGCCAUUGUAAGUUUAUAAUUGUCUCAGGCUAAUGAUAAAGAUAAUAGAUGGAGUGUAGGGAGCAAACAUGGGGGAUAUGAGGAGAGGAAUGUGGUCGAUUUCCAUACACUUCGUCUAUUUUACUAUUUAAUUAUAAGCAAACUGUAAACAAUUUUGUAAAGUGUGUGAUAUCGGAUAGUGAGAUACAUUUGUGUGCAAUAAAUUCAAUUUUUGUUAUGUAUUGACGAUACAACUUACGACGCUCGGGUCUUAGGAUCAUUUUUCCGUCCAAUAAUGUUUCCGAUAAUACAACUGCCAAUACUUGCGGCGAUAUAUUACUUAUUAUACCAGUAAAACUUAAUUAAAUUAUACUUCUUGUGGCGCGUUUGGGAAAUAAUUACAAGGUUUUUUUUUCGAAACGUUUUUUCAAGUCGAUAUCUACCUCUAGUAUAGUGUGAAGUGAGGUCUACUUUCAAUAUAGUUACUUAGCCAGUGACAGUGUCAAGAGUAACUACAGUAACCAAGCCGCAAGAAGUUUGUAUUGAAAGUAAUUUAAAAUAUGCUGCGUUCACAUUGCCGCGAAAAGGCGCGACACGUCAUAUUACAUGUUUUGGACACGGACGAGUAAAAAAAGAAGGACUUCGCGCCGUGAUAUUAGCAAGUGAAGCACCGUAAUGCUAGUGUGUGUGCGGUUACGGGGGAUACUAGUUACACAAUUUUUUCUCCCUUAAAUAAUCAUAUAUGGCCACAAAUACUUAAAUAGUAUCGUUUUUACACUAUUUCACAACGCACGACGGCAUUUUUAAAAUAUUUUAUUGAGACGCAAACUGAUCCGUCACAGACGAUGACAAUUCUCAUAAUGGCCGCCUAUCGGCCUGUAGUAGUGUAAGUUUGUGCGUGGGGCUAUGUAUUUACACGUUAAUCGGCUUGUUUUGGUGCUACACUGUUGUGUAAGGUGACACGGAGUCCUUAUUUAUUACUAGUCGGAGGUUUUGGAGUUAUUUUUGUUUUUAUAUGUCAACGUCGUGAAUAUGUUCGCAUUUAUUCGUCGCAAAAGUAAAGUAUCAAAUCUUCACUACUAUUAUUGGUCUCGAAUAUCGGUAUGCUGCGACUUAAUUAAGAAGCAGUCCAGUAUUCAUCUUAUGUUACCUUGUUUUUGAUCACUUUCCCUGUUCUCUUUGAAUGGUUUUAGUUUGUGAUUGUUUCAUAAUUUGAUCGGAGCAUAUUUGCAUAGAAUUUAUUGUACAUAAAACUGUACUUAAUCGUUAAGCACAAUGUAUUCUACUUAAAAUAAAAAUCGCAGUUGUUUUUGACAAAUAUAGAAAAAAUUGUAUAAUAUGAAAUAAACGAGAUCCGACGUUAUA